GGACUCUGACCCUUCUAAUCUUCCAUGUCGAUUACUCUCAAUUGUCUCCGAACCAAAUUGGCAAAACAAUCCUUCUCUAAACUCUCUGAUCCCUUCUAUAACACCUUCUCAUGUCUCUUCUCUGUUUUCACUCAAACUUGAUCCUCAGACAGCUCUCACUUUCUCGGAUUGGAUCUCUCAAAUACCAAAAAUUCAAGCACAACGUUAGUUCAUACGCAUCUUUGGUUAAUCUUCUCUGUAGCCAUGGAAUAGCUUAUGAGGUGCCUAAAAUCACGAUAUUGAUGAUAAAGAGCUGCAAUUCAGCGCAAGACGCUUUGUUUGUUGUUGAUUUCUGUAGAACAAUGAGUAAAGAUGAUAGCUUUGAGAUUGGAUACAAGCUUACUCCUAAAUGCUAUAAUACUCUGUUGAGUUCAUUAGCUAGAUUUGGAUUAGUCGAUGAAAUGAAGAAACUUUAUACUGAAAUGUUGGAAGAUUUGGUUUCUCCAGACAUUUACACGUUUAACACAUUGGUUAAUGGUUAUUGUAAGCUUGGAUAUGUAGUAGAAGCAAAGCAGUAUGUGAGUAGGCUUAUUCAGGCUGGUUUGAAUCCUGAUUAUUUCACAUAUACUUCUUUUAUUACGGGUCAUUGUCGAAGAAAAGAAGUCGAUGCGGCUUUUCAGGUUUUUAAGGAGAUGUCUCAGAAUGGCUGCCAUAGAAAUGAGGUUUCCUACACUCAACUUAUAUAUGGUCUUUGUGAAGCAAAUAGGAUUGAUGAAGCUUUGAGCUUAUUGGUGAAAAUGAAAGAUGACAAUUGUUGUCCUAAUGUUCGUACAUACACAGUGCUUAUAGAUGCUUUGUGUGGAUCCGGACAGAAAUCAGAAGCUCUGAAUUUGUUUAAGCAGAUGUCAGAGAGUGGCAUUAAGCCUGAUGUUUGUAUGUAUACUGUGCUUAUUCAGAGCUUUUGUAGUGGAGAUACACUCGAUGAAGCAAGUGGGUUGCUAGACCAUAUGUUUGAAAAUGGGUUGAUGCCAAAUGUUAUUACAUACAAUGCAUUGAUCAAAGGGUUUUGUAAGAAGAAUAUGCACAAAGCAAUGGGACUGCUUAGUAAGAUGCUAGAGCAAAAUUUGGUUCCAGACUUGAUAACUUAUAAUACAUUGAUUGCUGGACAGUGUAGCUCUGAUGUAGUCAUGUACACUUCUUUGAUCAAUGGAUAUUGCAAAGCUGGGAAACUCGAUGAUGCUCGAAUGUUGUUUGAUAGUUGCUUGCCAGAUUUGUAUACUUUUAAUGCCUUGAUACAUGGGUUAUGUAGUAAUGGAGAAUUGAAAGAAGCCUUGUCACUCAAGGAAAAGAUGGAGAAGAUAGGGCUACAGCCUACACAAAGUACAUACACGACUCUGAUUGCAAGAAUGCUUAAAGAUGGGAAUUUUGAUAAAGCCGAUAAAUGUUUUAACGAAAUGUUGUCCUCUGGCCAAAAGCCUGAUGCGAAGACUUAUGGAUCAUUUAUCUCGGCGUAUUGUAGUGCAGGGAGAUUGCAAGAAGCAGAGGAGAUGAUGGUGAAGAUGAAGGAAGAAGGUGUUACUCCGGAUGAGUUCACUUAUACCUCAAUGGUUAAGGCUUAUGGAUCUCUAGGGCUGACUUAUUCUGUAUUUGAUGUCUUGAAGCGUAUGUUGGAUACUGGUUGUGAACCUUCUCACCAUACAUAUUUGUCUCUGAUCAAACACUUGUUCGAGAUGAAACAUAUGUCAGCGAAAGGUGGUGAAACAGGAAAUUAUUUGCAAGAGUCCCCGGAUAUUAUGUGGGGGAUGAUGGAGUUUGAUAUCGUUGUCGAACUUUUUGAGAAAAUGGUAGAACAUGGGUGUAACCCUGAUGCUAAAUGCUAUGAGAAGAUCUUGUUAGGGAUCUGUGAAGUUAGGAAUCUAGAGAUAGCACAGCGAUUAUUAAAUCGUAUGGAAGAAGGAGGAAUAACUCUAAGUGAGAAGAUUUGUAAUGGUCUUCUUAGAUGUUACUACAAGCUGCAAAAGUAUGAUGAAGCUGCAAAGGUUGUGGAAGAUAUGAUAUGCAAUGGUCACUCACCACAACUAGAGUUUUGCAAAAUGUUGAUUUGCAAGCUGUAUGAAGAAGGAGAAAAAGAGAGCGGCAACUCGGUUUUCAAAAAACUGCUUCGAUGUGGUUAUUGCGAUGAUGAAAUCGCUUGGAAAAUCCUCAUCGACGGUUUGCUUAAACAGGGCUUUGUAGAGGGGUUUUCUGAACUUUUCCAAGUAAUGAACACAAGUGGCUGCAAAUUUAGCACACAUACACAAUCAAUGCUUAUUAAAGGUCUUCAAGGGAAAGAUUGAUUACAUUUUACCAAUUACCACUUUAGUCACUUUGAUUGGUUAUAUCUUAUGUAUUUUUUCUUACAAAGAUAUCAUUUUGAAAUCUUUUGUGGUUCAGUCCAACUGCAUAGACAAAUGUAAUUGAAGUUUCUACUUUCUUGGUUUGGUUUGAAAAAAGAAAGAAAGAAAAAUUACUAAUUAUAAAAGUGUAAUUUGAAG